UGAGAAAGAUCUGUAAAUGCUUUAGCAGUGAAAGGGGUGUCAGACAAGGAUACUAAGGGUGAAGCCCCUGCUCUGCAAUCUAUUUUCACUCUUUCAGCCUCCCCUGGAAUUAGUAUCAUUGGUGGUGGAAAGUUGUGGUUUUGCAGUUACCAAGCUAAACAUCAUCACUUACAUCUCUCCUUGUGUAGGAACCAAAAGCACUUCCCCUGAAAUAUGGCACAGGUUCAGAAGAAGACUAGCACGGUGUCCUUGACCAUUUCCCCAUGCACCAGAGAACCUGCCUCAUCUACGGUCAUCCAGCAGGAUUCAAGCCUGGACCAGCCCCUUUGUAACAAACCUCAGAGGAACUUGAGCCCAUCAUGCAGUCACCAGGCUGGAGUGGCACCCACAUUGAUAAAGAGUCUUCAUGAUAUGAGUACAGUGAAGGGCCAGCUGGUGGUUCUGGAAUGUCAUCUUCGUGGAACACCCCCAUUACAAGUCCUUUGGUACAGAGAAGAUGAGCAGAUUGUGGACUCUGCAGAUUUUCGCAUCUUAAGAAAGAAAGCUAGUUCAACUUCUGUACCAGAAGAAUUGUGUACCUUGGUCAUCACUGAAGCCAUACCUGAAGAUUCUGGAAUAUUCAAGUGUAUUGCUGGAAAUCCAUUUGGGACAAUCUCCUGCAGUUGCUUUGUGGAGGUUCAUACAGACUUGGAGAAUGUGUUGGCAGAUGAAGAUGAGUUUUUUCCUGGGCCAGGUGAGGCAGAGCUUGAUGACUUUCCCUCUCUGGUACAAGAUGCAGUUGGCAUUCCACCACCAAAAUGGCAAGAGUCUCCAAAUGAGAUGAUACAAACGCUGCCCUCAGAGUCAGAGGAUGAAAGCACAGCUAUGCCCUGCAGAGGUACUACAGAACAAGUGGGUCAAGUGUCAUCCGAAACUGUCACUACCCCCUGCUCCCCUUCAUCAGUUGAGAUUAAAAACAGUGUGGCCAAACCAUUCACUCCUCCUUGCAAGCUAAAUAAUGUUGAUGUAUCCAGUGGCAGCAUGAAUGUUGCCAAUCUACCUACCUUCUUACCCUCACUCUAUCCACCCAGUGCUUUCAAUUAUGAGAGGCCAAGCCACUUCAUCCAAUCUCAAUCAAACCUGAAGUCCCCAGAUAGCAUGCAGGCCAACAGAAACACCAAAGCAUCUUCACCUCCCCCCACCUCAUCAUGGCUGAUCUCUUCAAAAUCUUCUUCCCAAACUGUAUCACCCCCCAAGUGCUACAGUGAGACAGCCCUCUCCAGAGUUUCCAGUGCCCAGCUGGGUGACAGGACUUCUCAGACAAUAAAUAUUUUUCCAGCACCGAGGCAGCACUCACCAUCCAUGAGAGGCUCUCCAGUUUCUCCUCACCCCGUUCCUAAGUCAACAGCAAUAACUUGCACCUCCCCUGUCUCUACUCUGCAAGUGAGUCCAUCUCCAGCACCUUCAAGUAUAUCUCCAUCCCUGCCUAAGACCAUGAGUCCACCACAGCAGAAAACAUACAUUUCCCUACCAGUGGGAUAUAACCAAGGGACCACUAAUGUCUUCCCUAAGCCAAUCUUAAAGAAGACCACAUCCCGGCCUGUUUCCCAUUCCACUGAUGAAGAAAUUCAAGGGUCAAAGGAUGCCCUCAUACAGGACCUUGAGAGAAAAUUACGCUCCAAAGAAGUACAAAGAAGAAAAAGCUGUCAGAAGUUUUCCUAUGAGGAGCGCAUGGCUCGCCGAUUGCUUGGGCCCAAUAAUGCUGCCGGCGUUUUUGAAGUGGAAAACUCAUCUUAUGCACAGCAAGAGCAGCCCGAUUCUGCAGAGGGACGACAUAUGGCAGGAAUAUGGAGCAAACAACUCCCUGGAACAGAUGGAAAUGAGAGUGCAGCUACUACUUUAGAAAAGUGCUAUGCACCAAGAUUCAUCCAGGUUCCUCAAGACCUUACCAUGGAGGAAGGAAGGUUCUGUAGGAUUGACUUCAAGGUUGUUGGUCUACCAGCACCUGAUGUGGCAUGGUAUCUGGAUGGGAAGGCCAUUCGUCAGGAUGACUACCACAAGAUGCUGGUGAGUGAGAAAGGCAUUCACUCCUUCAUCAUCGAGAUUGUGACGGUUCACCAUGCAGGCAUCUAUGAGUGUGUAGCCAAGAACAGAGCUGGUGAGAGUCGCUUCUCCCUACGGCUUGAUGUAAUUGCGCAGGAGAUGAUUCGCCCACCCAGUUUUGUGAUGAGAAUGCAGAACAUUCGUGUGAUCGAGGGGGACAUGGUGAGGCUGGAGUGCCAGGUGUUUGCCUCCCCACCACCACAACUCUUUUGGAAGAAGGACAAAGAAAUGCUCCGCAUUGACCCUAGCAGAAUGAGCCUUACCCAGGAUAACUCAGGUCAACUAUGCCUACUCAUCGACCAGGUGAAGAAAUCAGAUGCAGGCUGGUACACUGUGUCUGCCAUUAAUGAAGCUGGCAUGUCCACUUGCAAUGCGAGGCUGGAUGUGGGAACUUACUUGAACAAGGUUCCAGCUCACGUCAAGCCAGUGAAAAUGCACCCCAUUGUCAACCAGUUAUCUGCAUUGGGCCCUGAAAACUCCACACAUCAUACAGCUCCACUGUACGAGAGUGAAGAAUUAUAAAAUAAUAGGUUGUUCGAUAGAUGGAGCAACUUUAUAUUUUAACAGAUGUCAAGCUGCUUUAUAAUUAGGGUAUACUAAUAAUAAGGGUAAACUGAUUAUUGUUUUUGUAUUUUCUGUCUCUAUUCCUGGAUAGAAAUGUGUAGAUUUUAAGUUAGAUUUUUCUGGUACCUAGAUUAUUUUUUGGCAUAUCAUUUUUCAAAACAUGAUAUAUAAGAUAAUUUGUGUAUGUUACUGUGGUAUCACAUUUACAUUUUGUCGGCUUGAGUGUGGCGCUAAAGAUUUGUUUUGCUGUAUCUGAGAGCAGUGUAAAAUUUUAUUCAGUGCUAUCAUUAA